AUGAGUUCCCCAGGGACUCUCGACCCUGCAGGUCCGCUGCAGUCGCGUCUACCCGACAAUCACGCGCAUGGCAUACCGGCAUCGACGAGAUCUCUAGAGGACGGUGAUGAUACUCGCUCGGAAGGACAUUUCGAUCGCGAUGGAGACCCGUCGCUUCGGCCACCGAAGAAGAGGCAGAAAAGAAAUAAACCCACUUUAAGUUGCGCGGAAUGCGUCGAGCGCAAGACGAAGUGUGAUCGAGGCCGCCCAAGAUGCAUCUCGUGUUUGAAAAGGCAGACAGAAUGUACUUAUUCUGCGCGCGCUGAACUCAUCUAUUCUGUCAGGUUCGUUGAUCCUUCCUCACCAAGUCCAUCUUUAACAAUUCGACCAUCUAGCGUUCCAUCAACCAAGAUCAAAUCUCGUAGAGAAAGCGAUGAUGCCGGAAAUGGCCUUUCCAAUGUUACGUCGUCAGCAUUCCUACUAUCGCAUAUUCCGUACUCCAAACCGAGCCCGUCCGAUGUCUUCGGUGUUGGUAAAGAGCAUCCCUUCGCCAACUACUGGACCUGUCAAGGUGGUCUUCCCGAGGUAAUCGGCAUCCUUCCGAAGAAAGACCAAGCCGACAUUCUCGUGGCGAAAUACUUCGAGUGCGUCGAUCCGGUCUACCCGAUGCUCAAUCAACAAUCCUUCCUCCAAGAUUACGAGAACUUCUGGCAGCUUCAGAUCCAAGAUAAAUACAAGGCGGAUCCAGGCCUCGUCGCCCUCCAACUCAUCAUAUACGCGAUGGGAACGCAAUUCUUCCCGAAAACAUGCGCGACGGCAGACGGCACCCAGCAGGCCCAAAUGGCGGAAUUCUACGUGUCGGCCGCCCAUCAAGCGUUGCGCAUUUUUGCCUACCUCAGCAGAGUCAACCUGAGCUCCAUCCAAGCGAUGAUCCUGAUUUGCUAUUUCUUGAUGAACGACAACAAGGCUUCCGAUGCGUGGGCUUUUGGUGGAGUUCUAAUUCGACAGGCGUACGCCCUAGGAUUGAACCGUUGCCCGGACAUUAUCGUUCCCGAUGCCACGCCAGAGGAAAAGCAGCAACGGAGGAAAGUCUGGCAGGCAGUCUUCGUUCAGGAUACCUUCCUGACCAUUCUGCUAAGUCUUCCACCAACCUCAACUUUCAGUGACUGCACCGUUGAUUCGUUGACCGAGGAUCCUGAACCCGCAACGCUCCAAACCCCUCUUAACUUGAUCUCAACACGUGGAGAUGUUCGCUACACCCGUACUAUGUGGCAUCUGGCGAAUCUCGUGCAGCGAACCAUUUGCUACCCUAGGGCACUCUCCCAACCGGCGACAACGACCCCCGCUUCGAAACGGGGCUUGGUUGCAAAUUACCAAAGCCUCUACCGGGAAUUUCCACAUAUGCUCACCGAAACCCAACGGGGAUGGACUGCCCAGCUCGUCCAAAACGGCGAAUACCGAACCGCCCGACAGUCCCUCUUCCUCCGCAGCAACUACUGGCACAGCCUGAUGCUCAUCCACGCCGAUGAAGGCACUCCACCGAACAGCCGCCACGACAGCGCCAUCUCGCACAUCCCCACCAUCGAUGCCCGCGCUGCCGUCGACGCCGCCCGAACCGCCAUCGCCACCUUCUUCGAUCUCUGGCAAUGGUUCGAGACCGAAGCCGGCGUAUGGUGGGUGUUCCAGCACCGCGCCUACGAGGAAGCGCUCAUGAUCUGCCGUCUCCUCGCAGCCUAUGGCUCGCAGUUCCCCCCCAUCUCCUCGCCCCGGUUGGAACCCGACCCGCUGUUCAUCGCGGCGAAGGCCGACGUGGCGCGCAUGCUCGAAAUCUUGGAGCAGGUUGGAACGAGCGCACCGGAGCUGCAGAAGACGAGGCGAGAGAUUUUGUGUCAGGCCUGCGAGGCGGUGGGGGAUGGGCUAUGA